AUGUACAAGCGCACAGUUACCUCGAGGGGUCGCGUGUCGCUGCUGGCUGCCGCGGCCUCUCCCCGGCGACUGCCGCCUCCCGUGCUCCGCUCGACGGGCCGCGGGGGUUGGGGGAGGGAUGGGGGGCAGUUGGGGCCCGCGCACACCGUCAGCAGGCAAGGCAGGCCUGGGCAGGCAAGGCAGGCCGGGGCAGGCAAGGCAGGCCAGGGCAGGAUAGGGCAGGCCGGGGCAGGCAAGGCAGGCCGAGGCAGGCUGGGGCAGGCAGGGGCAGGCAAGGCAGGCCGGGGCAGGCUGGGGCAGGCCAGGGCAGGCAAGGCAGGCCGGGGCAGGCUGGGGCAGGCCGGGGCAGGCCAGGCAGGCCGGGGCUGGCCGGGGCAGGCCAGGGCAGGCAAGGCAGGCCGGGGCAGGCCGGGGCAGGCCGGGCAGGCCGGGGCAGGCUGGGGCAGGCUGGGGCAGGCCGGGGCAGCAUUAUCGGAACGCGACCCCGAGGCGCACUUGUUCAUACGAGAGGUGUUCGAUCCCGCCGAGGCAGCAACCGUUGGGAAUGCAGUUGCAGAAGAGAACGAAUAG